UAAAAGCUCAAAAAAUCAUUGCCGGGUCAAACUUUGAAAAAGAAAACAAUCCCCAUGAAAAAGAAUCUGUUCAAGACCUUCUUCUUCGCCCCAAUCUCACUGUGGCAACCAGGUUUCUGGAAAAAACACAGAAACCGGUAAUCCGCAGAGAUAAUGGCGGCUACCUUUAAAAAAUUUGCGAUCUUGUGCACACUAGUUUACCUGUGUGCUUUUCUUAGCUUGAAAACCUUAGCAGCUCCAACGUAUCUUGCUGAUCACUGCACAGAAAAUGGCACCUACACCUCUGAUAGCAGAUUUGGUGGCAAUCUCAAUGCUCUCCUCUCUUCCCUCGUCACCAACGCCACACAGGUCAAGGGAUAUUACACUGUUAUGGGAUUCGGAUUCACCGACGCCGUCAACGGACUUUUCAACUGCCGGGCAGACCUUAACAUCAGCAGUUGUCAUCAGUGUGUCACCACCGCAGCCUCCCGGAUCACACAGCGUUGCCCUAACCAGACGGAGGCCAUCAUCUGGUAUGAAGAGUGCAUGCUGCGAUACACAGACAGGUACUUCAAGUUUGGCAGCACCGAACCUGGGACGAACCUGGUUGACGGGAGGAACAUAUCUGGCAACAAUCUGAAUGCGUUCAAUCAAACGUUGUUCAGCUCGUUGAAUAACAUAGCAGAAGCAGCAGCGAAUUCCCAGACGGCGGAGAAGUUCGCCACCGGGGAAGCAAAGUUUGGCAGCAACCAGACUGUGUAUGGGCUUGCGCAGUGCACCGUUGACAUACAGUCGGCGCAGUGUGAGACUUGCUUGAAAAAUGCCAUCGGAAGUUUUCCGAUAUGUUGUAACAGAGCUCGAGGGGCAAGAGCUUUGCUUGCUUCUUGUGUUGUCCGAUAUGAACCGUAUCCAUUUUACAGUUCAUCUGAUUCAUCAUUGACUUCUUCAGGAAAGAAGAAACUUUCAUCACGAGCAGUUGCCUUGAUUGUUGUCCUUGUUGUGGCUUCAGUAAUUCUGUUGGGUUUUGUCAGCUUUUUGCUGCGGAGAAGAGCAAGGCACAGGCAGAGAAACAUUUUAAGGGAAAAUUUUGGGGAAGAACUGGCUACUUUGGAAUCCCUGCAAUUCAGUUUGACCACGAUUGAAGCUGCCACAAAUAGGUUUUCACAUGAGAAAAAAAUUGGCAGAGGUGGUUUUGGAGAAGUUUACAAGGGAACUCUUCCCGAUGGGAGAGAAAUAGCUGUCAAAAAGCUUUCAAGAAGUUCUGGACAAGGUGCAACGGAGUUUAAAACUGAAAUCUUGCUAAUUGCUAAGUUACAACACAGGAAUUUGGUGGCUUUAUUGGGAUUUUGCCUAGAAGGACGAGAGAAAAUGCUCAUUUAUGAAUACGUACCCAAUAAAAGUCUUGAUCACUUUCUAUUUGAUCCCAAAAAGGAGAGGUUGCUGAAUUGGUUUGAACGUUAUAAGAUUAUUGGAGGCAUUGCACGAGGAAUUCAUUAUUUACAUGAGCAUUCUCGACUCAAAGUUAUACACCGUGAUCUUAAACCAAGCAAUGUAUUAUUAGAUGACAACAUGAAUCCAAAAAUUUCAGACUUUGGCAUGGCAAGAAUCAUUGCUAUAGAUCAAGAUCAAAUAAAUACUAAUAGAAUUGUUGGUACAUAUGGUUAUAUGUCUCCAGAAUAUGCAAUGCACGGUCAAUUUUCUGAAAAGUCUGAUGUAUUUAGUUUUGGCGUCAUCGUUCUUGAGAUAGUUAGUGCAAAGAGGAAUGCUCGUCCUAUUGAAACACAAGACCUUGAUGACCUCUUAAGUCAGGCUUGGAAACAUUGGAGGAAUCAAACACCGCUUGAGAUAGUGGACCCAGAAAUAAAAGAUUCAUGUUCUCAGAGUGAAGUGAUCAAGUGCAUCCAAAUAGGUUUAUUAUGCGUUCAAGAGAACCCAGAAAAUAGGCCCACAAUGGCAAGGAUUGUUUCAUAUCUAAGUAGCCUGUUAGCUGAAUUGCCAUUGCCUCGAGAACCAGCAUUUCACAUGGAUAUUGAUUUGAAGCUGAAUUUGGUAUCAUGGGAAUCCAGUGCAGGUCAAUCUAACUACAAUUCUAUGACUUCCUCAAAUCAUGAAACGUCAAAGAGUAAUCAUUUUCCAAGAUAGUACGAGUUUGAUUAUGCUUUUGAAGUAUGAGAUGCCAAAUGUCCAUUGUAAAUAAAUAGAGAAUUUCUCGGCGAUGUAAAUGCCAGAUAAUCUACGAGUGCUCUUGCCUUUAUUUCCUUGUAUUGGUCCUGCUCAUUUUGAGAUAUACAUUCACAAAAUCUAAAUUUUUAACGACCUUUCGGCGACCACAAUUCAAAGAAGGUAAAACUGGGGCAUUUCUCGAAGUUUAAGGAAGGUGGAGUAUGUUCCUAUCCUCGAAGGAAGCUUAAAUGGCCAUCAGGCGCUAUUUCCAUGAAUGUUGAAAAGAUCAAGACUAUUCUACCAUAAAAACACGAAACUGGUAGGACGCAGCACGGGCCACUACCAUUUGUAAACCAAUUGAAUAGUGAGUCGUAACAU